CCCAACACCAACUUCAACACCCCACGCCCUUCUCUCGAAACCUGUAACUAAAAGUACUCUCACAUCCACCAAACGCCCCAUUCGAUUGCUACACCAGCACCUAGCCUCGCUCGCAACCUAACGAGCCUAUCCACGAUCUUACCUACCUCACCAAAAGUCUAACCAGACCACUACCCUAACACCCGGCCACCAUGGCCUCCUACGGUUACAGCCAAUCCCCACCUUAUGGCGCGCCUGCUCCCGGCGCCCAGAAUCUGCAAUUCUACCCUUCAUCGUUCAGCAACCAGCCCGUGUCGGGCCACUCUACACCCUUCCAAGCAGGCUACGGCGCGUCGUCAACACAGGCGUACCCCGCGAACUAUGGCGCUGGCUUUGGGGGUGUCGCAGGCAGAAUGGGAGACAACAGCGGUGGACUAAGAACAGGGUGGUUGGCGGCCUUUGGGACCGAGGGGUACGAGGGGGAGCCGCCUUUAUUGGAAGAACUAGGCGUCAACUUCGCACAUAUCCAGGAGAAGACACUGACGGUGUUGAACCCGUUUGGGCGGAUAAACCAGCACAUCAUGGAUGAUUCGGACCUGGCAGGACCGGUGCUAUUCUUUCUGUUAUUUGGGACGUUUCUGCUACUAUCGGGGAAGGUGCAUUUUGGAUACAUAUACGGCCUCGCCCUCCUAGGUAGCAUAUCCCUCCACACAAUCCUCUCCCUCAUGUCACCACCCCUCGACCCCUCGACCGUGCCCCCAACACCCCACGACCACGCUCAGCGCCCCUCGCACUUCUCCUCCACCCUCACCUUCCCCCGCUCCGCCUCCGUCCUAGGCUACUGCCUCCUCCCGCUCGUCCUGACCUCCCUCAUCGGCAUCAUCGCGCCCAUGGACACCCUCUUCGGCUACGCCCUCACGGCCCUAGCCAUCGCAUGGUGCACGUACAGCUCGUCGGCGAUGUUCUGCGUGGUGGGGCGGAUGAGCAGUAUGCGGGGGCUGGUUGCGUACCCAAUGGUGCUUUUCUAUGGGAGUUUUGGGAUCAUGGCGAUUUUCAGUAGUAGGGGGACGGGGGCUGUGGUUACGGCGAAGGUGGCGGGG